AAAUAAAUAUCUAAACAUACUAAACCAACAUUCCCAGAAACAAAACAAAACAAAAAAGCACAAAACGAAAUGCAAAAGAUUAUUCUCCUCGUCACCUUAAUAUCAGCCUUUGCCUUCGCUCUCUCCUCUGCGGACGACAUGGACGGCGCACAAGCGCCGGAUCCGACGGCUCAGACGCCGCCGACACCACCUCCUCCUGGUGGCGGCGGUGCGUGGACAGGAGACUCUGGAUCGGGCCAAGGCUCGGGGCCCGGUGGUGGCUGGAACUACAACUGGGGAUGGGGCUCGGGCCCGGGAGUUGGGUGGGGUUAUGGUUCUGGUUCGGGCUCGGGCCGGAGUUCGAGCGGGAGUGGGCAGGGUUUCGGGUUUGGAUUCGGGUCUGGUUCGGGUUCAUCCGGUGGUUAUGGUUAUGGUAGUGGCGGCGGAGGCGGAGGCGGAGGCGGAGAUGGCAGUGGCAGUAGCAGUAGCAGCCGCGGAGGAUAUGGAUUCGGCGGUGGAUAUGGUGGGAGUCCCAGAGGUGGAUUUGGCGGCGGCGGAAACCGGAACUCAUACCGUAGAUCGCGUAACGAUUGGCCGCGGCGUGCAAACGGUAACAACUGAAGCCUACAAGAGUGCUUGUAGAGGAUACGUAACUGCUACAUGAUGUAAAUUUAGCACACAUGCAUAAUCAUGGUAUGACUUGACAGUCAGAAAGCUAUUAGAUAUGAUUACCUUAUGUAUGCGCUCAGUUAUAUACUAUAAGAAAAUAUUUCGAAUAUUUUAUACACUUGUAA